AGAACUCAAAGUGCUUCGGUGGUUCACGUCGGAGGGGAGAGGAGACGCCCCGUCGCACACAUGGAGGAAAAAGAGAAAAAACGCCGUCUCUGGAAGUGAGGGGCAAUAAAGGAGGCCGGGAACAUGGACUCGGAGUCGCUGGACGGCUGCAUUCAGAGCACGUUAUCAACACUCUACCCUCCGUUUGAGGCUACCGCAGCCACUGUUCUGUGCCAAGUUUUUGAUGUGGUGGAGAAGACGUACCGUGGGGAUGGACUGCGCUACCUCAUAGACUUCCUGAUUCCAGCCAAGCACAUCCUGCAGUGCAUUCAGCAGGAUGCCUGUGCUCAGUACUGCGGGUUGCUGUUCCGCCACGCGGGCUGGCCCCUGUGUAUCCACGAGAAGAUUGUGAUCCAGCUGGCUUCCAUUGACUGGCGAGUCUUGGAGCCUGGUGACUUCUACCUGCAGGUGGUCCCCCAUGAGAAGAAGUCUCCACGAAUUGUGUUGAAAUGUUUGGCAAAAGACAAGCAUAAUGUAGAGGAAGUGGUGAUUCCAGAAGUUUCAUAUACCUCUAUUUUUACUCUGGAAUGGCUGAGCACGUUCAAUGGAGAGCGGAUGGGUAUAGCACUGGAAAAUUGUUUACUAACCACUGAUGAUAAAAUAUUUCGUAUCCCCUGGGAUAAAGUGGUUAAUCCUGAGUUUAUAAACAAACCAAAAAUAAUUGAAAACAGUAUCAUCUCUCCAGAAAUAACAGAGGAGCGUUCCAUUUUGUGCCUCCCCGCUGAGCACAGUUCACCAGACCUGGGCUCUCAGUAUCUACAGGAACAACAUACAAAUCGAGACAACCUGGUCAUUAGCAGCACAGCUCCACAGUUAAGUGGGGCUCUUGUCAAUGGUGUCUGUACGAGUCCUGUGCCUCAAGAGAACUUGACAAGUGACCUUGAAGGGGAGUACGUUGAGCUGGCAGAAGUUUCACUGCCCAGGUUUGGGUCACAAACAGGCUCUUUAACCCAAUCGCUGGCUUUAAAUUAUCUAACUCAGCCCAGAGCACGAGUGAAUGAGUCUAAAGGCAAGCACAGGUUUCUUGUCAUACAAGACAGCACCUACUCCAAGAACUUAAUUCAGUCAGCACUUAUGCAGAAGGAGCACUGUCAAAUGGACACUCUGAGCACUCCUAGAGAAGUUCUCAAAAAUGUCAUUCCGUUAGAAAGCAGCAAAAUGAUGGCACAUGGAGAACUGUCUCCAGAAGGUCAGCUGAUAUCAGUUGGUCCUGGAAACAUGGGGAAUAAUUUCCCUGUGUCUGAGUCUCGUGCUUGCAGCACAGAAGGCUCAUCUGCAGAGCAGGAGACGGGCAGUGAACACUCGCUGGAUUGGCGGUUUGCACUGUGCAGCUACAGCGACGCGUGUGCUGGGGAUGGUGUCACCUGCAAAGCACAAAUACCUGGUGCUCCGGGAAACACGGAGGGAGAAAGUGAUGGACCCGGCAGAAAUGCUGCUGUUGAAACAUCUGAGCAGAGCCCAGAAACAAUUCUGAAUGAUGCUGCUGCUGAAGAGGGUCAAAAUGAACCGACAGAGGUGGACGCCUCUCCCGUGUGUGUCCCAGGGCCUUUGGGACCACGCUGCACACUGAAGGAAGGUUCUGAUGUCUCGUGCCACAAUGUCAGUGAAAGUGUUGUGCCAGUUCAGGCCACUGCAUUGCCAGAGAGUUCAGAUGUAUGUGUGGAGAGAGGCUCUCCUUCAGAGAACGUGGCAGAUGUAGGUUCUUGCUGCAGCGAUGUGGAAGCAAAUCUUAGUUCUCCAUUAAAUUCUCCAGAAAAGAAGCAAGGAGAAGUAGGUGAAUUUGAAGUGGGAAGAAGGGAUAGCCGAGAAGAAGUCAGAGAGAUUAAAGAGGUGUUGACAGCAAAUGAAAACCAGACUAGUCAUAGUCACUGUUCUGUCAAAGCUUCUACAGAUGAACCUCUGUCAGAUGGUGAAAAGCAAGACCAUAAGGAGGCUGAAGAAUCCAUACUGCUCCAAACUGCUCUGUCAGAGGGGGGUCAGAUGACAGAAAAAUUAAAUAACAGUGACUCUUUGGGCCCUGAUCCACAAACAGAAGACUCAAGUCAAUUAAAAACCCAGAGUUCUGGAGAGAGGUCUGAGGAACCACAAAGACUGGUGGAAAACCAGGGCUGUGAAAGUGAAGAGAGCUCUGUGCUGAACACGGAGUGUGUUGCAGUACAGGACUCACCGGGAAGGGAGGAGAACCAGGGAAGUUUUUCUUAUGGGGAAAAGUCAAAGAUUAUAGCCUCAAAAACACUGGAAUCCAUUGAAGAGGAACUGGAGGUUGGACCACUGUCCUCAGGACCUGCUGAGGGACAUACAGAGCCCAGUGCUCUGCAGUCCCACCCAGAGGCAGCUUCUGGGACAUCAUCUCCUAAAGGGAUGGUGUCAGAAGGGACAGAGCUGAGAAAAGAAGCAGCUGGCACAGAUGUGUUGAAACCAGUGAGUAAAGUCAGCACCCCGGAGGAAACUUCGACACCAAUCACUCCCCCGACAUCCCCAACUUCUGGAACUGCCUGGGGUGGUCACUUUGCACCUACCAUAGUCAAGGAUGUGAACCCAGAAGUGCUCAGGAGCGGAGUUGCCUACCUGCCUGGUACGAGAGAUAAAUCGGGGCGUGCAGUGGCCAUAAUAACGACAAGGAACACGGCCUGGCUGAACCCCCACUGCAACACCACUGAGCUCGUGCGCCUGCUCCUGUACCUGCACAGCAUCCCGAGACCAGAGUGUCAGGCUUUGGGCCUGACUGUUCUUGUGGAUGCUCGUCGCUGUUCCCCGGUUCCUGCUCUCUUCAAGGCGUUCAGCAUAUUGCAGGACAUGGAUCCUCCUUGCAUUCAUGGGGUACUGCUUCUGGUUGAAAGAGAUCUGACUUUUCGGAUGGAGAAGCCACCAGCAAGACAGUUUGAACUCCUCACCUCCAUGAAAUCCCUCCAUAAGCACAUAGAGAGCUCACAGCUGCCUCUGGAACUGGAUGGGACCUUCCCUUACUGCCACUGGGACUGGCUGAGCUUCCGCAUGAAGCUGGAACACUUGCUACAAGGAUGCCAAGGUGCUUGUGCCUUCCUUCAGGGAGCUAUUCAUAAAGUGGAAUCUGGGAAAUUACCAGAAAAAGCUGAGGAUGCAGCUGUGCUGCUCAGGACCUACAGGCAGUUGAUGAAGAACGUUCUUGAAGACACACGGCUGGUCAGGCUGCAGCUGGAGGGUGGAGCACUCCUGGCCAGGCUGAGGAAGGAGGAGUCUUGUGUCACCCUCACCCAUGACUACAGAGAUGCCCUGGAUGCUGCCAGCGUGCUCUAUAAUCGAGUUGAUGAGGGCGUUCACCGACUGGUGAUGUUGUCAAACAAGCGCAUCCAGGAACUGGAGCUGGUGAUGGAGUUUGAGAAAGUGGAAGAGUGUUUUAAGGAGGUCAGCAGUUGGAUUGAGAAUGUUGGCAAAAAAGGGCUAAAGGAAACUGUCAACCUGGAUGAUUCUUUGGAGAUGCUGCUUCAAGCACAAAAGCAGUUCAAGGAGUUUGAUCUUGUUGCCAGUGAAUAUUGCAAAAGGGGACAGGAAGCAUUAAAGAAGAUGGAUCGAUGGGAAGACUUUUCCUCUGUGGAUGUGCACUCUUACAGGGUAAAGCUGCAGACCUACAGAGAUCAGCUGGAGGAGUUCUGCACUGAGCUGGAUGAAACCAGGCACCGAAUCUGUGAAACGGUCAGGCUGUAUGAAUUCUUUGACAAGGCGUACGAGUGGGCCUUGGAAGGGAUGCGACACCUUGCCUGUGUCAGCAUGGAGGACUGCAGCUCCCCCGAGCACUGUGCAGAUGUGAUCAAGUGCCUGGAGAGUUACAAGGGGCAGCACCCCGACAUCAGCACUGCCCGCUUCCAGGAGAUGAAGGACUUGGCCUGUGAGCUGAAGAGUGACAAGGGGCUCAAGCAGUGGAAAUUUGCAUGGUCUAAAUGUCAGGAGACCAAGCUGGUUUUUGAAAAGAAACUCGAAGCAGCCUUGAGAACAAGGAAGUCUCUGCUGUCAGAUGGCAGGGCUGCCGGGGAGCAGCCCCAGGCUGGCAGCGAGGCUGGCAGUCUGUUCCACUGGAGGCACUCUGAGGGAGCCACCCCCAGGUCCCACUGGGACAGGACUUACAGCGCGUCCCAGUGUUACAACAGGUCCAACUGCUCUCUGGAGUGGGCUAAGGAGAAACUUCCCUCACCCUCCCUGAGCUGCCCCGGUGAUGUCGGUGCUGGGGAAGAAGUUGCCAGCCAAACUGCCCUCAGCCCUGGCCCUCACUCAAGCAGAGUUUUUUUUGCCAGCGGGGCCUGUAAGUCUCCAAAGCUGCCUGAAGAACAGCCAAACCUCGAGAGCAUAUUAGAAACCUCGGAGGUGAAGCCGCCCUCCGCUUCCACUCCAGUCCCUGGGAAGCUGCCUCCCAGGAGGGUGCUCCGGAAGGCCCAAAGCUUUGACCUGCCUUGCGGGGAGAGCCUGUGGUCGAGCUGCCAGAGGAGCGAGCCGGUCAGGUACGGCAACACCGGCGUCUUCAUCAAGGGGCUGGAGGUGAGCAGCACCGAGCUGGUGGACAGGACGUUCGCGCUGCGGCAGCCGGCGGCUCACAGCUGGGCUGCAGACUGCCUGCUCGAGGGACACAGGGGCUGCCUCUCCGCCUCGGAAGCCAAGAGCUGGGGCAGCAAACUGCGGCACAUCAUCGACGAGAUGGUGACCACGGAGCGGGAAUACGUGAGGUCGCUCCGCUACAUCAUCGACAGCUACUUCCCAGAGAUGGAGCGCCUCGACCUCCCCCAGGACCUGCGCGGGAAGCGCAGCGUCAUCUUUGGCAACCUGGAGAAACUCUAUGACUUCCACAGCCAAUACUUCCUGCGGGAGCUGGAGAGCUGCUGUAACCACCCCCUGCGGGUCAGCCACUGCUUCCUGCGACACAAGGACCAGUUUGGAAUGUAUGCAUUGUAUAGUAAGAACAAGCCGAAGUCAGACUCGCUGCUGGCCAGCCAUGGGAAUACCUUCUUCAAGUUGAAGCAGGUGCAGCUGGGGGAUAAGAUGGACCUGGCCUCCUACCUGCUGAAACCCAUCCAGCGGAUGAGCAAAUACGCCCUGCUCCUGAAGGACCUGAUCAAGGAGUGCAGCGAGGCUCAGGAGCAGGAGCUGGGCUAUCUCCGUGCGGCUGAGGAGAUGGUGAAGUUUCAGCUCCGGCAUGGAAAUGACCUGCUGGCCAUGGAUGCCAUCCGUGACUGUGACGUACGUUCCGGUGUCCUCCCCUGCCCAGGGGGGCAGAGCCACACUUCUUCCCCUUCUCUAGGCUUGGGGUCUUUGGAUUGUAUGGUAAACCUGAAGGAGCAGGGGCAGCUGGUGCGUCAGGACGAGUUCACCAUCUGGCUGGGCCGUAGAAAGUGCCAGCGACACGUCUUCCUCUUUGAGGAUCUGAUCCUCUUCAGCAAGCCCAAGAAGAUCCAGGGUGGCUUUGAUGUGUAUAUCUACAAGUGCUCCUUCAAGACUGCAGACAUUGGUCUGACGGAGAACUCUGGAGACAGCGGCCUGCGCUUUGAGAUCUGGUUCCGGAGGCGGAAGUCCAGCGACACCUACAUCCUCCAGGCCAGCUCAGCUGAGACUAAGCAGGCCUGGACCAGUGACAUUGCCAAGAUCCUGUGGCAGCAGGCAGCCCGCAAUAAAGGUGUGAUUCCUCCCUGGGGCGUCUGUGCCGCAAAAGAAAUCCGUAUGCAGGAGAUGGUCUCCAUGGGUGUGGGUAACAAACCAUUCCUGGACAUCAAACCCAGCGAGGCAGCUAUCAAUGACCGUGCUAUUGAUUACAUCAUGAAAGGCAGAGGUGCCAGGACCAGAGCAUCGAUCGCAGUGUCUCAGUUUGACCAUUCCAACCCAUUCAAGAGGACGCAAGCGCAGCUCUCCGCUGGCAGCACCCACCCUGCAUACAACCCUUCCUCCUCCUCUUCCCUGCUGGGCCCCCUCAACCUCCACAUGUAUGUGAACCAGGCUCUGCUGCCAGAAGUCCUGCCCGCCAGAUGCCCCUUUGACAUCGGCACCUGCAUUGAGGAGGAUGAGCUGGAGCACGAGACGAGCAGCCAACCGUCCCUGACAACAGAGAGCUCAGAGUCAUCGCACUGCAUGUCAGCCACGGGCUCCAGCGGCUCCGACAGCGGCUGUGUCUCCAACAUCCCACAAGAAAGCUUCUGUGAAGACAUGGGCUCGCCCCCCUACGUGCCCAUAGGCCCACAGCACAGCUCUGCGGUGGAGGGGAGACCCAGGUUCACAAACAGCCAGUACAUUUCUGCAAAAGCAGGCCAGGUCACCAAAAGUCACUCGAGAAUAGUGUGAGCCCCUCGGCCCCGCCUCAGGAAGUGGAGUUGUUGUUUGAUUGCCAUUUCAAACUCCCUGAAGACCCCAGGCCUCUGACCAGCAGAAGGAGACAGUCUUCACCCAUGAAGAUUUUUUUUGGCCCGUACUCAGGCUCUUCCAAACAGCCCAAAACCUGACCUCUGCCUGGGGGGAAGUCCCAAGAAGGUUUCUGUCAACUACACUUAAUAGCUUUGGUGUUGGAUGGGACCUUGGGCAUUCAAAACUUGUUGCCCCUAUAUUUAUGAGUAAUAAGUAACAUAACAGUUUGGAGAAAAAAAAAUGUAUUAUUUUUAAAGCUAAGAGCUGUACAGAUUUUUGUUACAAGUGACUCUUGUUACUAUUUGUUGUGUAAGCUGCACAUUUUAUAAAGUUUUUGGAAGGGCAUGAAAUGAAACUGAGGUAUUUAAGAAAAGUAGUGUAACUUUCUAUUUCAGGGUUAUAUUGACCUGGACUCAAGAUGUAACGUCCUUCCUUAUGUUCUAAAUAUGUCUAUUAUAGCAAUAAUUUAUUUUCUUGGCUUAACACUUCUGUUUUAAUAAAAGCAGUUUCAUUGUUGUAGUGAAUUGUUUCUUCAGAUGGUUCUUCCAGUGCCUCAGUGCUGAGCUAAUCUCUGUCAUAACCAUCUCGCAGCUCUGCCACUCUCCCUGUGCCAUCUCUGCACUAACCAACUGCCAGCUGAACCCUGAAAUCCUCAGCACAUCUGCCAGAAAACGGGAAGAUUUCCCAGGUAGAGACUCCCCUGAUGCCAGUGGGAGGCCAAGGCAGGCUGAGGAGUUUGGAGCAGCCAGCAGGGGAAGAGGUUCUGGUGGAGGUCCAGAGGCACAGGCCACCAAAGUUCCUGGCUCUGAUUGAAGCCACUUAGCCCUUGUAGCUGCUGUCCCAGUGCAAGUCUCUCUCUCCCUGCUGGGCCAGGUCCCAGAGGCUCCGUUCAGGCUCUGUUGUGCCUUGUCCUGGCUGAGCCCCUGGUUUUGGGGUGACUGGCUGCUUGCUUCACUUCUGACUCAGCCCCUCUCCUGGUACUUCAGUCACACGGUCGUGGCUUGUUUGAGGAGCUUUGGAUGGUGCUGGCAUCCGAGACCAACAGGUUUUGAGUGGAAAGUGUUGGUUAUAAUGCUGAACCUUAAGUGCAUGUUGUUUGAAGUAACACAGCAUAACUGGAGGAUAAAUGUGCCCUGUGUUCCAAGGUGGCUUAGUCACGAGUAACACCCAACUCACUGCGAGGCCGUGACACCCUCCCUGUUCUUGGAGGAAAUGAAAAUUAGCAUUUUUGGAAACACUAGUUAUUUGCUGCCAAGCUCCUGUUUACUCCUGGUUUAUGCAGGGCUAUAAAUCAGGCUCCCCCAGGUGUGAGAGGAGUGUCACAUUUGGCCUGAGGAGGAAGAUGGAGCAGUACUUUGAUUAAUAAACUGCAGUUUUCUCCCCUCGGCAGUGCAGUGCUGCAGUCUGGGGUGUCACACCCCACAGCCACCCUGGAGACAGUGUGCCUUCAGGUUUGGAAAUUCCUGUACUGUAUAUAAAACACUUGUUUAUUUUUAAUAAGCUGGAUGUUUUUUUAAACCUCGUUCUUUUUUCAAACAGCGAAGAGAACGCAGUUGGACACCUUUGCACAAAAUUGGGUGUGAAACAGUUACACAGGGAAUAUUUUACAAAUUACUGUUCUGAGAUAAUUGCUGGGUUAAUGCAAGGUUUUUGGAGCUGUCAAGACAGCAAUAGCUGAUGUUGUGAGAGGGAGAGAAUUUACUAAUGCAACAAGAGGGACAUGAAAUUUCCUGAAUUUCUCAGUUUCAAAGGUUUCUGCAUUGCUGGAAAGUUGUUUACCUGAUACUGUUUUUUCAGGGUUGGAUUGAUUUAAUAAAGGUUAUUUUCUUUGUA